GUCCUUGAGUGCAGUGUUCCUAGGGAUACUGUAGGGGCGUGUCGCGUGGAUCAUGAUCAUCUUUACACGUAUGUGUACAGAGGGAACAAACGUACGUUUGUGAAAAUAAUAUGUACAAUACGAUUUGAUGCUAAAGCUAAUUGCCAGUGACAAAUUCAACUGUGAAGAACAGAUCAUCUCCGAUUGCUUGACUGUCUGAAGCCGCACCAACCAAUGGCCCCGAUUGACAGCGCGAAAUCAACAUAGAACAGUCGUGGCCCGCCAAACUGCGAACUCACUAUGCGACGAGAUGGACGAAGAAUGAUUUCUAUGUCUGAUGAAUUUUGGAUUAUCACGGUGUUUAGGUGAACAAAGCUACUGUCCGGAGUUGACAUAUCGUUAAUUAUGGCAAUUCUGUGUGGAAUCAUAUUUCUGUUUUGGUUAGUGGAAGAGUGCACAGCUUCCAAGAAGUACUGCUGGUAUUUUGAAGGAGGCUACCCCAUCUAUUUCAUAUGCCGGUCGUAUGAGGACUGUUGUGGGACACGGUGCUGUGUCCGAGCCCUCUCCAUCCAGAGACUAUGGUAUUUCUGGCUACUGCUGAUGAUGGGCGUGUUGUUCUGCUGUGGGGCGGGGUUCUUCAUCCGCAGACGCAUUAACCCCUCCCCCCUUCCUGAGGACACCUUCAAUGUGUCAUUCACCAGACACCCAAUGACAGGACUGCAGCAGCCCGGCAUGCAAAACUAUGGAGCCUCAGGAGGGAUGAUCCUCACCCCUACAUACCCCAUACAGGCCCAUCCCCACCCGGUCCACCCCUCCCACAUGGCAGAACCCUACUCACACCCUCCCCCUCCCCCUCCCCCUCCGGCCUACUGCAACCUCCCUCCUCCACCCUACGAACAGGUGCUGCAGGCCUCUGAGAAGAGGUAACCAGGAGGAAAAAGACAUUGGAAUGAAUUAAAUGAUUUCAAACCCUUUAGAGUUCUCAACCCUGCCACAACUGACAGCAGAGAUGGGUCACUGGCCCACGUUUUGACUCAUUCAAGUAGAAAGCGAGUCUGAUAUGGUAAUGGUUAGCAUCUCUACGGUAAAAACAUCCAUGCUCAUUAAGGGCUGGUUUCCUGGACACAGAUGAACGCUGAUCCUGGACUAAAAAGCAUGCAUUGAAACAUGCAUUAUAAUAGUUUUUUAGUCCGGGACUAGGCUUAAUCUGUCUGGGAAACCCGCCCUGAGAGCAGCCUCAGUCUGAACAACAAUGGAUCGAUCUCAAAGUGUUUGUUUUCACGUCACCUCUCUAAGAUGAAGAGCCGACCAGAAGUGAGAAUCAAUUGAAUAAAACAGACAUGGAUCCAGAUAGUUUGUCUAUUAACAACUAGCCUGCCUGCCUGCAUGGUCCUCUGUCAACAACACUGUGUCAGCUGGAAGAGCAGCAUCUAUCUGAGCAUAACUCAGAUCACCCACUCAGGAUACUGUAUUAUCGCCCACUAUCUGGUAUGUUUUUAAUAUCACUACCGUCUGAGCAUUUAGUAUCUCUAGUACAGAUCAGCAGCCUAGUACAGAUCAGUAGAUUAGAUAUGAUCAGCAGCCUAUAAUACUGUGGAAAUACUGUAGAAAUACCAACUCUGUUUCCCUUUGUGUCUCUCAAAAUGCAUUUUGUGUAUGUCUUCCAGUGGAGGCUGCUGAGGGGAGAACGGCUCAUAAUAAUGGCCGGAACAGCGCAAAUGGAAUGGCAUCAAAC